GCGAAAUCUCACCUGGUUUCUCUUUGUCUUUAACUAUCAAAUUAUUGCUACGUUCAUUGCUAGCUAUUUUAAGCACAAUUCAGAGCUCCUUGUUACAACUUAAUUGGUUUCAGUUUGAUUUGAUCUUUCCCGAAAGUUUAAAGGAACUGGAAGAACACUGAACUCCUUGUUUUAGUCUGUGAUUUGGUCCCAAGUCUUUGUCUCUAUCUUUCUUUCUGUCAUAGCUCUGUAAAUUCAAUCCUUUGCCCUGAAUUUCAAUUCCUCCAAAACGUGGUAUGUGUUGUGUGCAUGUCCAAAACAGGUUUCAAUUAUCUGAGCAAUUCGCGCGACUUUGCCAUUCUCGCGCAAGAAACAGAGCCUCUAUUGGACGGGUCCGAUCAGAUCUUAGUCGUCGUCGACGUCCUCCUAGCCACCGAUAAGCGCGUAAACAACCACCACGAAUGGUACGCCAUUCUCCAGAUGGAUCACCGAUCCGACGACCACGAUCUGAUCAAGAGAUCGUUCUGACGGCUGGCGUUGCUCCUCUAACCAGACAAGAACAAAUACGCCUUCGCCGAGCACGCCUUCAAGCUCGUCACCCAUGCAUGGGCCAUUCUCUCCGACCCGGCCAAGAAGCCGGUCUUCGACACCGAGCUAGGCCUCUACAGCCCAGUCGAUCUCACCGUCGCUGUAGCAGCCUCCAAUCCGAACAAGCUUCCGGUGCGGUGGGGGCAGAAUGCUCGAAACGAAGGCGUUUCGGAGGAGGAGCAGCAAAAUCAACAGAGGUCGAGAUUAUUGAGCUUCUGGACUCCUUAUUGUUAUAUAUUGUAUGAGUACCCGAUCCAAGAGAUGUCGGAAAAGCAGGAAGUGCGUGAGGGCGUGGUUUUGGAGAGAGGAGAGAGGACCCAAAAAGAAAAAAAAAUGAAAAUCUGA